AUGGCGCCAGAGCUGUCCGAGAUCUCGAGGAUCAGUUUGGCACAAAGUGCGCACGCAGCAUUGGCGAUCGACCAACUGCUCCGCGAGAGGUACUACAAUCGGCGUGUUCGGAAGGACACGACGUUCGAAGUUGGAGACUUGGUGUGGGUGCUCAAGCCUCCACGAGGCAAGGGCAUCACGAAGUCGGCCCAUCAGUGGGUGGGCCCGGCGAGGAUCGUGCUGUCGGCAGGGGUCGACAACUGGGAGGUCGUGCGCGACGACACGGACGAGCAUUCGAUCGUCCACUGCAGCUUCUUGGUGUCGAGCCGCUGUCCGAGCGACUCGUUGGGGGUGAUUGCGGAGAAGAUCAUCACAGAGCUGGAACUGGAGGACGACGACGCAGAGCUGCGGAGGAGCGACGGCGGCGACGAGGAGCAAGUCGCAGUGCAGCCCGGUGACGGACAGGACGAGGGACAGCACGAUGGCAGAAGUGCUGUCGCUACAGCGCACGCGGGCGCUGCAGUCGACGGAAGAGUAGUGACUGAAGGCCGAGAAGAAGGCCAAAUGACGUCGCAAGCGGAGGAGAGCAGUGUCGCACGGCGAAGUGCGAUGGACAUGUCCAGCCAGUUGGAUCCCCAGGCUUUGGCCGCGUUCGUGGACGACAGUGUCUUUGCUCAGAUGAGCGGGAAGCUUGGAGCAGACGCAUCGCCGAAGAAAAAUCUUUUCGUUGCGUGGAUGCUGGACGACUAUCCCAACAAAGCCACACUCCAACUCGAGGCCUCCCAGAACCGGAUACAUGGAUUGAUACGGGUGAAGAUCAGAAGAGCAUACGGGCAUACACGCGUGUCUCGACCUCUUGCACAAACUAUUGCGGCCAAGACGGUGAAAGACCUCCUGGCAAAGUUUGUCCCUGAAGCCCGCUCCGGCACGCCCAAGUUGGAUGAAAAUGAAAUGAAGCGAAUCGCGGAGGCGUUCACCAAGGGCCGGUACCUCGGCGAAGCCCACCUCGACCUCGCACAAUAUCUGCGGGACUGCUGGAAGGCCUACACCCCCACAAAGUACAAGGCGCCAUGUGUGGCGGUCGUGCAGUCGGAUGAAGGCUCCAAAGUGGAAGACAUCGCCAGUCGAUUGAAGACAAUUUACGUCUACGCGAACAAGCAUUGGGCAAACGUUCAGAAGGAAUGGCUGAAGCUGUUUACCGAAAAGGCAGCGGACACCUCUGUAAAGGCGAAACUUUCGGAUGAAACAGAUACGCUGGAGGGGGAUACCUCUACUGAGAAGAAUCCAAAUGGCAGAAUCGUGGUUCUGGUGAUCGAUGAAGCGAGAAGUCUGCUGGCUGAGAAGGGAGGCAAGAAGAAUGACUUCCGAAUGUUGCGAAAUGCUCUUAGAUCCGUGAACAAAGAUAUCGGCCAUCGUGGAUGCAUUUUCGGCGUGCUGAUUGAUACGAACUCCAGGAUCUCGGACCUGGCGCCUCCGCUGUUGUUGGACCCAUCAUCUCGGCUUUUCGAUGGAGAGUUGGCAUCGUUUGCGCCAGUUGUGUUAGCUGAGACAAUGGACGCACACUGGGAUCAAUACUGUGAAGAAAAACAAGCCGGCGAAGAUGAAGAAAUGAAAGAGGACAUCCAAGAUGUAGAUGAAGAAAUGAAAGAGGAAAUACUAGAUGCGGGAGCAGAAGAUGAAGAAAUGGAAGAGGAAACUCAGGUUGCGGUGGGAGCUGAAAAAGACGAAGAGAAGAAGAAACAGCAAGAACGUGCUAAGAUAGCUAUGUACAAGAGAAUCGUUACCGGGGAUGCGAGUCAAGCUUGGCACGCGUUGUGCCGCAUGGGGCGUCCGAUGUGGUACAGCACUUGCCCCAAUCCUGCGGAUAGAGAAGAUGUGAUCAAUCUUGCGGCGAACAAGCUGCUACUGGGGCUCCCUCCUUCGCAAGAUGCGUACAACAAGGAUACCAUGCUUGGUGUCGCCUCCAUGCUUUGCCGUCUGGGCGUGCGCCCGCAUUCAACGUCGGCUCUGGCAUCUCGGGCGACUGCCGACUUCAUGGCGAUUCUCGCGUAUGUGAAUUUCAAGCGAGAAGGUUACGUCACCAGCUACGCUUCGGACCCAGUGCUCGCCUUAGGAGCGAUGAAAGUGUGGUAUGAACUGAAACAUGGUUUGGCAAAGUAUAUCCUGCCGCAACUCAAGAACCUCCUUUUGGAUGAAGCAUUGGACACCGGUGGAGUUGGCGAAAUUGGCGAGAUGGUUGCUCGGAUUUUGCUGCUUCUGGCGAUGGACACGUGUGUGAUGGGAGACAAAGACUUUUCCCAGUGCUACCACACGAUCGGGCAAUUUGUACCGGUGCAGGAUUUCUUGGACGUGCUGCAAGGCAAGAAAAAGCUGCCGAUAUAUCUCAAGCGGAUGAUCAGCAAGGAGAAUUUGAGACCAGAAUUCAACAUGUGGUGCUCGAAGUGGGAUGGUUGGUACAUGGGGUUCACCCACUUUGUGCAGUUGCAGCUUGAGCCGAAUGAGGACACGCUUUGGGAUCCGAAACCGCUGGGUUCCACGGAUGUCCGUGAUACCAUUCGCAUCUACAUGAAUCCCAAGAAGAAAGGCAACGCCUCUGAGGUGAAGGAGGAGAGUCAGGCGAAGAAGCGGGCGAAGAUCGAGAGCAAUCCUGGCGUCUCAAGUGUGUCGAGUGUCUCGGAGGAGGAUCCUGUUUUCACGAUCUGCCUCCGUUUGCUCAACAGGGUCACCUACCCGUUCCUGAGCGAGGACGUGGCUUCCAUUCUAUCAAACAUGGUGGAGUCUCAGUAUGACCCGCUGGGGCUUGUGGAGGGCGACCUGGACUAUCGCGAUGAAGAUGAAAAACGAAACAAGGACGUUAGUUCAACGCCCGUAAAGCACUAG